AUGGAGUCUCCAAAUGAAGGGCGAUUUGACGUAGUUAUUGAUAAUGAUGCUGUACGCCGGCUGGAUCUAUCACCAUUUGACAAUGCUAUUGAAAUUACUUACAGUCCAUCAGCUGAACCAAAAGAGUUUCUUGUAAGGACAAUUGGAUUCACAAUUAAUUAUACAAGAGAUGACCCACAUGAUCCACGAGAACUGUCAGAAUUUCCAGAUAUAAGGUUGUGGUUUGUACGACUUGGUGCUACAUAUCCUUGGCUCCUCGUCUUGUCGGACUGGCGAGCUGGAGAAUUAGCUAGAUAUGCAGCCAUGUUAGUCCCCCACAAGAUGAGUAUGAGAAUGGGAGUUGCGUUUAAUCCAGAGGCCUUGGAAUUGUUCAUCAUGAAGAAGGUCUUCAUUGUAAACUCUUGGUUGAAACAGCAUGGCAUUUCAAAGCCUAGAUUGAAGACAAGUGACAUGGCUAGAAUGCUUGGAUUUGGGAUUGGAGAUGAGUUUUUUGACUUGAUCGAUGAACACCCACUUGAUUCAUUCUAAAAAACCUGGAACUAGUCCAUGAUUUCCAGCCGGCUGUUCCAACAUUGCCACCAUGAUUUCGGAUCAAGCC